AUGACUGAGCAGAAUCCGUUGGAGCAUGACACUGAGACGGAACUACUAGAGGCAUUCGAUCUGUAUGAUCGCGAUGCGGAUGGGUUACUCACUGCGGCAGACGUGUUUCAAACGUUCAAUUUACUCGGUUUGGGUUUUCGAAUAGAAGAUCUGGAGUUAGGACUUAUCAGGCUAUCCUUAUGUGGAAAAAAUUACAUCACUCCGACCGAGUUUAUCUCUCUGGUUGGACAGGCUGUAUCUUCGCCGGAAAUUGUGCAUAUACUGAACGAGAUUUUUGAGUAA